UUUUUGAUUUAGCCCGUAAUCUUUUUGGUCUGUGUGAUGUGAGUUAAUUUGGGCUAAUUUGGGUUCUUACAUUUGUGUGUAAUAAUUCAAUGGUAGUUCUCAUUAGGUACUUUGUACCUAAAGUACUUGACUCUUUUUUUCUUUAUCUUCAUCUUCAUUCAUGCUAGCGAUCCCGAGAUUGGGCCCCAUGUAACAUCGUCACUUCAAAAUGUUGUUAAAGCCUUACCCAGCCAUGCGAUCCUGCUCGCAAGCAUCCUGCCGACAGUCCCGGCAGCAUGGCGAUGACGGCAGAGUUAAGACAAAGUGGCUCUGCUAAUGUGUUAUUUUAUUUUCCCAAGAUAUAUUGUAUUAUGCGUUAUGCUAUCCUCCAGAUCGCAAAGUUUGGCUAGUUGUCACUUUAAUAUAACUAUGCUAUACUACUACUAUUAUACGUGUUGCUAUAUGUGCUGUAAAGAAAUGGGGGCUAUUCGUUAUGUUAUGCAUGUGUACGUAAGUAUGCCCUUAUUACAAACGGGCAUACCCAUUCUGUGCCUGACUUUUGGGUACAUAUUAUCCUGGAAAAUUACCUGCCUUGGACGUGAUGAAAUGUAUGUAGGUAUAUCCAGCUUACCCUGCUGCCCUGCAAAAGUCGUUACAUAGUAGAUACUACAGCAAGAAAUUGAAAAGUCUGUGCUGUUGCCGUCAUUGGUAACCCUGUCUAGGGAAGCUGAUGCAAAUCAUCA